AUGGCAGAAUCAGAUUCAGAAUCCCAAACAGAUUUGAAAGCUACCCAAUUGGCAGAUCCAACCGUCAAUAAUGUCCCCAAUUAUAAAGCUUCCGAAUUAGCUUUCAUAUUAGAUCCGCAAUCAAAUAAAUCAUUAUCGAUGGAUUUGAAGAAAAAAUCUCUUAUAGAAUUAUUGGAAAUAAUUAAAGAUGAAGAAAUGGCACCUUAUUACAAAUAUUUGGCAAAUAAAUCUAUUAUUCAAUUUGAAAAUGAAUUUUAUGAUGAAUUAAUUAAUAAAAAUCAAGUUAAAAUUAAAGAAUUAGAAGAAAAUUUAGAAAAAGUGAAGGAAAAUGAUGAAGGUGAAUUAGAACAAACUCAAUGUUAUAUUAAGUUAGGUGAAUAUUACACUCAAAUUGCAGAUUUAAAUAAUGCAAAGAAAUAUUUAACCAUUGCAAUGAAUAUGGCUAUUUCAUCAGGUGCAAAAAUUGAUAUCAUGUUAACUAUUACAAGAUUAGGUUUUUUCUAUAAUGAUCAAUUAUUUGUUAAAGAAAAUUUGGACCAAAUAAAUAAUUUGAUUGAAAAAGGUGGUGGUGAUUGGGAAAGAAGAAAUAGAUACAAGACCUAUUUGGGUAUUCAUUGUUUAUCUAUAAGAGAUUUCAAACAAGCUUCAACUUUAUUAGUUGACAGUUUAUCCACUUUCACAUCCACAGAAUUAACUUCUUAUGAAAAUUUAGCCAUGUAUGCUUCCAUUGCUGGUUUACUAACCUUAGAAAGAACAGAUUUAAAAUCAAAAAUUAUUGAUUCGCCAGAACUAUUAUCUUUAUUAACUGUUGCAUCUUCAUUACAAUCUUUAUUCUCCUUAACUCUAUCAUUAUAUACUUCCGAUUAUUCUUCUCUAUUCCCAUACCUUUUAGAAACUUAUGAUAAUGUUCUAUUGCCAUGUAAAUAUUUAUAUCAACAUGCAGAUUAUUUUGUGAGGGAAAUGAGAAGAAAAAUUUACGCCCAAUUGUUAGAAUCUUAUAAAACAAUUUCUUUAUCUUCCAUGGCAAAUGCAUUUGGUGUAUCGGAACAAUUUUUAGAUAAUGAUCUUUGUAAAUUCAUACCAAACAAACAAUUAAAUUGUAUCAUUGACAGAGUAAAUGGAAUAAUUGAAACCAAUAGGCCAGAUAAUAAAAACUCUCAAUAUCAUUUGUUGAUUAAACAAGGUGAUGGUCUAUUGACAAAAUUACAAAAGUAUAAUGCAGCUGUUAGACUAACAGGUAUUAAUGAACAUACUGAUUAG